AUGGGCUCAAUCACCGACGAUAAACGAAACCUCAUCAUAGUUUCAAAUCGCCUUCCAUUGUCUGUUAAACGGGCUAAAGGGGCAUUUGAAUCAUCCCUCUCGAGCGGUGGCCUCGUCACUUCUCUCUCUGGGUUGACCAAGUCCACCAAGUUCCAAUGGUUUGGCUGGCCAGGAAUUGAAGUUAAGGACCCAAAGGAUCAAGAGGAUGUACAAAAGAGCUUGCAGGAACAUAACGCCAUUCCUAUAUUCCUAGAUAGCUCCCUGGCCCAUGAGCACUACAAUGGGUUUUCGAACCGUAUUCUCUGGCCCAUUCUCCACUAUCAGUCCGGCGUAGUUUUUGAUGAGACUCCAUGGCAAGCAUACAGACGGGUAAACGAGUUGUUUGCAGAUGCAAUUGCUCAAACGGCAGAGGGUGGAACGUUGAUCUGGGUCCAUGAUUAUCACCUCAUGCUUUUGCCCGAGCUUCUCCGUGACCGACUGAAACAACAGGGUAAAUCUUGUGCCAUCGGCUUCUCGCUUCACACGCCUUUUCCAGCAGGAGAUUUUUGGAGAAAUCUCCCUGUGCGAAAGCAUCUCAUCGAGGGCAUGUUGUCCAGUGACUUGAUUGGGUUCCAUACGGACGAGUAUAAGCAGAAUUUCAUCGACACAUGUGCCAGUCUCCUCAACGCACGCACCGAAAUUCCAAAUCAAAUCCAAUAUAAAAAUCGGCUCGUCUGUAUAGACAAAUUCAUUGUCGGCAUCGACCCUCAAAAUUUCACCGACACAUUGCAGAAACCUGAUGUCCAAGACCGCAUCCGAAGCCUAAAAGACCGCUACAAAGGCGUCAAGGUAAUCGUUGGCGUCGACCGACUGGAUCACAUCAAAGGCCUCACGCAAAAACUCAAGGGCUUCGACGCUUUUCUCGAUGACCACCCAGAGCUGCAAAACAAGGUUGUUCUCAUCCAAGUGGCCGUCCCAAGCCGCGAGGACGUAAAGGAAUAUCAGGAUCUCGAAACGGAACUGUGUACUAUUGCAGGGAAGAUCAACGGAAAACACGCCACCCCCGAGGGUACCCCGCUGCUGUACAUGCAUCGCUCCGUUCUAUUCAACGAAUUGACCGCAUUGUACUCCGUAGCUGAUGUUUGCCUUCUCACCUCCACCCGAGAUGGAAUGAAUCUCGUGGCCUUCGAGUAUGUGGCCUGCCAGCAAGAGCGCCAUGGUGUCCUAGUUCUCUCUGAGUUUGCCGGCGCAGCUUCCUUCAUGACAAAUGGUAGUAUCCCGUUUCAUCCUGCGAAUAAGACGGAAAUGUCCGAGGCAAUCUUCAAUGCGCUGAAUUUGGACCCAGCCGAGCGAAAGGCCAAGUACGAGUAUCUUCGUGGCUUUGUCAAUGCCAACACAAGGUUUGAAGUGUUUCCUACUUCAGUAUUGUCAGUUGCUGACCUUGGCAGUGCAAAAUGGGGCGAGACCUUCAUCGAAAGAUUAUCCCGUCGCUGUAGGAGGCCUGGUACAUCAUGCUGA